CGAACGCCAUUGGCUCAGAGCUAGUCACGUGACCAGCAAGUAAACGUUCUCCGUGUUGCGUCAUGGCCAAAGGGACGAACCUUUGCCAUGGCUGACAACGAAAGAGAAUAGCUAAAUUGCAAGCAUUCCGUGAAGCUAAGUGUUCGACGUUUGCGCUUUGGUAAGAUAUACACCACAGAAGAUUGUCUGACCACAUUUUGAAUCUCCACGCAUGAAGCCAAGCAGAGCUUAUGGAGAUGGUCAUGGGAGUGGGGCCAGAGAAGGUAAUUAUUCCCCGAACUCCAAAACAAGAAGAGACCCUCAUGGUCACCCAGGAAAGCCCCAUGAAAACUGGAGAGAGUCAAGGGGUCGAGGUCGACCCCCACCGAACAGAAGAGUCCCACUGAUGGAAGACCAGCGAGAGCCGCGUUUUAAUAACUGGAGGGCACAAAAUUCGGAUUCUUAUCAAUCAUAUCCUCCGAAAAUGGAACCGCAUCACAGCCAUCACAGGAGACCGCCUUCAUCCAGACCAAACCGCUCCCCGCAUGCCCAGCAUCAGUCAUCAUCCCGCAGUCCUGCACGAGGGUCCCCGGGUCAUAGGGGGCCUCCUCCCCAUGGCCACUCUUCAGCUCACAGGUCACCUUCCCCGAGACGUUUUCGAGGCCAUCCCGGCGACAAGAGGCCCGGCGGCCCUGCACCUGCCUAUCAGGGUUCUUUCAGGGACCACAAAAGAGAGCCUGGUUUCCCCCACCAGGAGCAUAGGUAUCGAGGCCCUCGUGGGGAUGCGAGUCCAAGGGAGAGACCCUUUGUGGACUCUGGCCACGGCAAGAAGCGAUGGACCGACACCGGAGCCUUCUCUCAUCCACACAAUGGCCAACACGGGCCUUCGGGGCCUCAUCGGAGCCCAAGGGAGAUGCAUGGGAGAGGCUCGUUUCCAGAGAGGUGGUCAUCUGAGCAAGACUCCAGAAGGCAGCGUGGUCCCAUGGAGAGGCAGGGUGGCAGACCCCACAGCAUGGAGAGUGCAAAAGAUGUUCCACGCCUGCCCCUUUUCAGACCCCCACCUUGGAAAGGAGGCCCGCCGCCCUCAUCGUCCUUCCACAGGAGCCCCCAGGACAGGCAACUGACGGGUCCCCGCAAGAGGAGACUAUCAGACGUCACCAUGUCCUCUUCAAGCCCGUCACAGGAUCACAGUGGCCCAAAAUACCCCAGAAGAGAGAGAAUCCCACUCCUCAGUAUUCCCAGACCAUUUGGUGGUAGACCCUUGUCACUUAGGGAUAAAAGUUUCAUAUUUAAAGGCAGACAAAUGAGAUUUGAGUCUCCCAUGAGACUAAGAAUUCCUCCGCCUUUUAGACCCAGACCGCAUCCGGGUGACAUUCCCCUUCGGGGACCACCCAGCUCUAUUCUUGCAAUGAGGAAGAAACGCUUCCAGGGUAAUCCGGUUCCCCUGAAAAGGCUGCAACCAAGGGACACAAGAGCUCAACAGUCCCCCGACAGAGAUGAAGAGAAAGCCAGCAGGUCCCUGCGAGAGACUAAUACCAGAAAAGAACAGGUGGAGUCUCGUCGCUCCUUGAAUACUCACAGAUCUUCCCCCAUCGAGAAACGAGACCUUGUCGUCGUGUCUCACUGGGCAGCCGGCCCGAGCACGUCCAAGGAAGACUCUCCCGCGAAAGAACGUAGCCCAAAGUCAAAAACCGACGCGUCUCUGAAUAGCUCACCAUCAAAAGCUGACUCAAGGUCCCAGUCGUUCGACAGAAAACGAGGAUACCUGGAGAAAAGAACAUUCAGGCCACUUAAUUUAAUGGCCGACCGGCCCUUCAAAAGACCUGGACCCAUGCAAAGACCAAAGUUUCCCGGCCCGAGGAGACCUGGCCCUGAGCCGUCUGGGAACUUUCGACGGCCCCUCAUGGAGAACUUGGUGCCACGCCCCUUCCCAAACCAGAAGCCGGUGUUCCAAAAAAGUUACAGUAUCAUGUCAAAGUACCGCAACAUGAGAGUGAUGCGACAGCGCCCUCCGUACAACAGAGCACCCCAACAACAACGCUGGUGACCAUACCAGGUGCUGAUACCGGAAACACUGGAAAAAAUAAAUCACCAUUCAAGUUGCAUCGGCAAUGCACUCCUCUUAUUUAACAAAGCCUUGUAGGAUGAGUAUUUUUUUUUUUUCCAUUUGUAAGAUUUUAUGUCAUUUCACAACUGUUAUAAUUUGAAAAAAGUCAGGCGACAGAUGUUUAGGACUAUCUUGUUAAUUAUAUUCUUUUGUAUUAUAUAACCCGAUGUCCUGUUUUGAGAAAUGGAGUGCAUUUCUGAGGAAACUGCAGCUUAAAAAAAAAGACACGGCUCCCUCUUGUAGAUAUACUGUUUAACAUAAAAGAAUCUGUUAGUUUCCUUUCAGAAUCGAUAUUUUACUCUGGCGUCCUAUAUUCUGUAUUACAACUGUAAUUCAGAAGAAAUAAACCACUGCUCAAUUUCAUGCGUAUUCUCAUUUCUUGAGAUUUUCUUUCUUUGGAGGUUUUGAAGUAAAAUCUGGCCAAGCACAAAAUCAAAAAUUGCCUAACCCUGUGCUGACUCACCCUUCCUAAAAGCACUCGUCCUUCAAUCGGCCACACUUUGACUGUGUGGCCUCGUGAUAUUCAAGUGAGCUGGGGUGGCGCCCAUGCGCUAAACAUAGCCAUCCGUCACUGCUGCACCCCUCUUCAAAACACCGAGCAGGCUACAAUGGCCGGUGUUGAAUUACCACAGAUGCUGCUGUAUCUCACUGGGGGAGGAUUGCUAAACACGGUAAGCGUGUGUCUUGUAUUCCGUCUCGGUCUGUGCAGUAACUAACACUAAUCUGGUCAUCAGGAUUAGUAUCGGUUAUUUCUUUUGAACACUAAUAGAGGUAUCGCGUCUUUAUUGCUCAUACCGGAGUGAUGUGAACAUGAAAAUGACAACAUACCAGGAGUCCUUUACAGUGGUCUCCCCGUUUCGAGUUAUCGCCGCGCCAAUGUGUCAAUAUGAUGAAUUGAUGUUUCUACCCACACUUGCAUUCCUCUAUGUCGCUAUAGGUUUGUGUAAUGUGCAGUACUAUAUCAUAAAAUUGCCUUUUAAAAAGAUA